AUGGAUACAGAAUCUCGUCCUGUCCAAAUUACUUUGUUCUUGAACUCAGACCUGACACAGCAGAGAGAUAUCCUUGUAUCCCAGCAAAUGACUGUGCAAGAUAUAAUUCGUGAUGGGAAGGAAGCUUUUAAUAUCGAUUCUUCAAUCAAAUGCAAACUUUAUGACACUGGUGGAGGCGAGCUCUCUGACGAAGACGUCGAAUAUAUAAACAAAGAAGAGCCCUUUUUUCUUUCACAGGGGGAAAAAUUCUCAUCUGAAACCCUUUUUGCAAUUUAUAAAGAGAUCAGGACUUUAGGAAGAGGCGGAUUUGGAACUGUGAAACUUUAUAAGCACAAGCUCAGAGAUCAGGAAGUAGCCAUAAAGUUUAUUGAUAUGAAAAGAGUGGCUUCUCCUGAAGACGUGAUUCGUGUAUUCAAAGAAAUACAGCUCUUACGAGACUUGAGGCAUCCAGGGAUCGUCCAAUUAGUUGAUGCUUUCCCCAACAACAAACAUUUUUGCUUUGUGAUGGAAUAUUGCAAAGGAGGAGAACUAAAAAGACUAGUCAAGGAAAACGGAAGGCUCCCAGAAAAUGAAAUAAUGUCCAUUGGGCUACAAAUGUGUGACGCAAUGAGAUAUUGCCAUACAAAUAAAGUUAUCCAUAGAGACUUGAAGCCGGAAAAUAUUUUAUUCAGUGACGUUUCCCAUGAGUAUAUCAAAAUUGUGGAUUUCGGGAUUGCAGGGAUUUUUACAGGGCAAAACGGGGAUCGCUCACAAUGCGGGACCUUGCUUUAUUUGGCACCAGAAGUUAUUUCUGGGCUUGACAAUACUUCGAAGCCAAGUUUAGACAUAUGGAGUAUGGGCUGCAUUUUUUACUAUCUGCUUACCGCACAAAAGCCAUUUACUGGGAACAGUAAAAAGGACAUCAUUCAAAAUAUUUUGCAAGGAAAAUAUACUCCUAUGUCUGAACAUGCUGAUGUUUCUCCUCACUGACACAAAUUAAUAAGAGCUAUGCUGAGAGUGGACCCGAAAAAACGCUGAACAUUAUUAAAGGUUAGUGAUCAUUUGUUUAAGUAUAAGUAUUCGCCAGAUGCACCAAUUGAGCCUGAUACGGAAGAUGAAGAGGAAGAAAAAGUCAAGUGCAGCCUUCUAAUUACGCCAAAUGCCCAAGGUGAAGGGAGAACUUCGAGAAAGGAAAAUGGAAGAAGAUCGAGGGCAGGCAGCCAAUUGGAAUCAAAUCGCUCUCCGAUGGGGAGAUCUCCAGGAAGGAUAUCAAGAAGCCCAACAUCCUCAGCGAGGAAGAGUGGUCGACCUGCAGCAUCACCUAAUACUUCACCUAAAAAGGGAAUAGCUGAAUAA